ACCGCAGCUAGCGCUAGCUCAGCCUGUAUAGGGUUAGGCAAAGUGGAAUCUAUUGAAUGUCUUCUUCAAGGAAUAUCCACGACUGCUGAACGCAGGAUCGGAAUCGCAAGAGACUUCGUAAUCUUUGCAAGGGUUACCUAAAUAUAGCAAAUACGUUGCUCCUUGAUGACUUGAGGGAAGGGUUUACGUUUUUAUCCCGGGGUUUUUAUUUAUUUUUUACUCAAUCCGCAUCUCGAGCACAUCUACAGCUGCACUUCCAGUUCCACCGACACUUGACCCGACCGAGGCCGAGACGUCGCGGCAUGACAUGAUCUAACUGAGCGGGCCUGUGACUGUGCAGUGUGGGGCGGUUUUUUGUGCUAUCAGGCUAAUUAUGUGGUGUGAAAUACUUGAAUAAUUGGUCAGUGACGGACUCUGAUGCAUGCUUGAUGCAUCUGAUUGGAAGCCGAAUCAAGGAUAUAUGGAACAAAACAUCCUGAUGCAUCUCUCAAAGUUAAAUGGCCUGUUUGCUGUGAGGAAGCCAGCGGGUAUCACAUCGGCGAAGGUCGUAGACAGAGUGAAGGCUGCAUUGCUCAGAGACCUCAAGAAUGCAGAAAAGACCGAGGGUCUGGGAGGAGAUGGACAGGCUCAGAAUGCUCAAGGUGGUUCAUAUGCCCUACGAGCUGAUGAUCAGAAAUGGAUAAAACUCCCUAAAAUGGGUCAUGGAGGAACUCUGGAUAUGAACGCCACUGGUGUGCUCGUGAUUGGAUGCGGGAGAGGUACCAAGUUACUCUCAUCAUUUCUUCAAGGAGGGAAGGUGUAUGUAGCCCAAGGAAGGCUAGGCAAGGCAACAGACACGAUGGAUGCAUCUGGGAAAGAAGUCGAGACAGCACAAUUUGAUCAUGUGACCAAAUCUGUGUUUGAGAAGAGUCUGGAAACCUUCCUGGGUGACAUUCUUCAAGUUCCACCUGUUUAUUCAGCUUUGAAGGUGGAUGGAAAGCGCAUGUCUGACAUAGCAGCAAGUGGAGAGGUUGUACAACCCAAAGCAGCCAGGCCAGUCAAAGUGUACGAUUUACAGUGUCUACGAUUUCAUCCACCGAAUUUUGAAAUAGAAGUCCAUUGUGGGGGAGGAUUCUAUGUGAGAAAACUAAUCCAUGAUAUUGGAAAGAGUCUCGGAACUUGUGCAUUCAUGACAGGGUUGUGUCGGACGAAGCAAGGUUGCUUCCAGCUAGACCAGCAUGCAUUGCCAGAAGAGAAAUGGACAUUGGAGGAUAUAGUAAAGGCUCUUGAUGAAUUUCAGAACAUGGAUCCGGGUGUUAGGUGACCAAGCCCAAACAAUUUGUGGACUCUCAAUAGGACUUGUAAACACUUGCAGUUUGCCAACCACUUAUCAGAGCAGACUGAAUGAGAGAUGUCUUCUGGUGAUAAAUUUACACCUUUCGUGCAAUCUUUGAAUGGUCCAGGAGAGCGUUUCAUGAUAGGACAUGACAGACGUUUUAUAUUCCAUGCUGAAGUGUUCUUGUCAAGCUCAACUUUUCUAGAAAAAAAAACACAAAACAUUUGUAAUGUUUGUAUAUGAAGGAAAAAAGGACUUCCUCUUGUGAUCAUUGACUCAUUUGCAUUUCCGAAACAAUGUAGAUGCACCUGAACUUUGAAGAUAAUUUUUAAAAGGAUUUUUAUAAUUUUGAAACUUUUUUACAAUUGUAAUUUAUU